CACCCUUCUGCCCUCACCCGCCCCCACCAACAUCCCAACUGUUCUCUCCACAAACACCUACAAAAGCCCAAAGUCACUCUCCCACCCCCAAGUCAAUCUCCAUUUGUAAUUCACUUUAGAGAGGAAAGCUAGCCACGCCAAAUGGCCAAACUCCUCCUCCUCCUCCUCCUCCUGACCACCACCACCACCACCACCUUGUUGGCCGAACAACCGUAUAGCUUCAUCCAAAGCCAAAAAACAGCCCCAAAACCCCGCCACGAGAAGCUCACCCACCUGCACUUCUUCUGGCAUGACGUAUUAAACGGUCCCAAUCCGACCGCCGUGCCGGUGGCGCAGGCUGCAACAACGAGCACAUCAAGCAGCUCCUUCGGCCUGGUGAACGUGAUCGACGACCCGCUGACGGAAGGCCCAGAGAUGGCAUCCAAGCUCGUCGGCCGGGCGCAGGGACUCUACGCGUCGGCCGCGCAGGAGGGUUUAGGCCUGCUGAUGGCCAUGAACUUCGCUUUCAUGGAUGGCAAGUACAACGGCAGCACGAUCACCAUUCUCGGCCGCAACGAGGUGUUCACGGCGGUGAGGGAGAUGCCGGUGAUCGGCGGCAGCGGGCUCUUCCGCCUGGCCCGCGGCUACGUCCAGGCCAAGACCCACAAUUUGGACAUGAAGUCCGGGAAUGCGGUGGUUGAGUACAAUUGCUUUGUCUUCCAUUAUUGAGCUUAUCUGAUGUGCAUCCACUUUUCCUCCUUUCUUCCAGUAUUCUGGGUCCGCUUGUGUCGGGCGGUAGCCCCACACCUUUUUAUUAGCACGCUAUUGUCACUUAGGCGGCUAGCCUAAGAUUAUUCCCCUUUCGAAUAAGAAAAGUACGUAGAACUGUGGUUGUGAA